AUGAGUGAAAGAGGGUCGGAAAUCGUCUACCGGGCGGAAAAUGUCCCGAUACGCUUCUUUAAAGCAUGCCGAUGGUGCAGAAGGCAAAAGAUGCGUUGUGAUGCACGUAGCCAAGUCCCUUGCUUCCGCUGUCGCUCUACCGGCCGGGAUUGCAUUCUAGAUCCGAUCGAUGAUGGCCGACGACGAAGCGAUCGUCGGCGGAAAACAACAACCCCCGCAAGAAAUCAAAGCACAGCUUCACCGCUGGAUCCUAGGACCGGAUAUCACACUCCGGCAUCAAGAGAUCAGGGGUUCUCACCUGCCACCGUGCAAGAUAGCGGCUUUGACACUCCGAUUGAUUCUUUACCCGAUUCUACUGGGUUAAGCAGCCUCCAACGGUCUUAUACGUCUGAUGCGAAUGGACCGGAUUCCCAGCAGCUCAGUCCCAAUGAAAUGAUCGCGCCUGCGUCAGCGGUACACUCUAUGUCUGUGAAUCUGCUAGGCACUAAUGAUAGCAAGAUAUUUAUGGAAAACUCAGCUAAGGGCGAUCCCAGAGGAGAUGUCGUCGCUCGAGGAAUCGUUAGUGAGGAGCUUGCUCGCGUCAUGUACGAGAGGUUUACGGGUGGAUCGAAGAACUUCCUCCCUAUUUUUGAUCCGAUCAGAGACACAUUCGACUCUGUCCGUUCAAGAUCCUUGUUUUGCUUUACGGUGAUUAUCUAUCUGGCUAGUCGUGCAGUGACGGAUUUGCGCGGAGACACGCAUAUGCAGCGUGUGCUACAAGAUGAGGCACAACGUUUGGCCGAAGACAGCUUCUUCGAGCGGCCCACGAAACUAGAAACAGUCCAAGGAAUGAUUCUCCUAGCUGCCUACUCCGAAAAGACAUGGUUCUCUAUUGCUCUCAUUCUUCGCACCGCUCUGGAUUCUGGAUUAGAGAAAUCUCUGGACACUCUAUUGUCCCAAGAAAAUGUACCCCGGAGUUCGCUCUCAGCUUCUAUGGCUGAACGUGAACUAGUGUGGAAGACAAGAACCUGGUUGAUCACUUUUAUAUUGGAGCUGGACGUCGCAUCUGGCACGGGACGCAAAUCACGCAUUGCCGAGGUCGAUGUGGUAAAGCUGCGCAAAUUCCUUGACUACCCACUCUCCCUGCCCUGUGAUAUGCGCACUGUGUGUAUCAUUGAGCUUCAUCAACUUCGAGGUAAUUCUCGGGUGAUUAUUGAUAACUCUUCGAGUAUUGGUGAUAUUGUGUCUACAGAACUACCAGCCAUUAUGACAAGAUUGCAAAACUGGUGGACGACGUGGGACGAGAUCCAUGAAAACAACGGUUUCCACAUAGGGGCCUUUCAACGCAGUAGCCUGAAGCUCAUGCUUCAUUAUGCCAGGAUUUUUGUUUUCUGUGCUUCGCUGGCAAGGAUUCAAAAAUUACAACCAACGUACACGGAUUCAGGCUCCGAAACGCUCGACCAAAAUGUGAUGAACCUGUGGCAGUCCCUUGUGACGACCAUCAUGGAGCAAUUAGGAUUUUUGAUCAACGAACCAUCCUAUCGUUGUCAAUUGCCUUGGGCGCCAACUUAUCCAGCUCUCACAAUCGCUUUCGUCACAACAUUCGCUCUUCGUAUCGCCAGAUGGCGUCCGAAUCUGAUCAAUCAAAGUCUUCUACUUGAACGAGCAGAAAAGAUCUGUGAUUUCCUCAAACAACCCCCAUAUCCCGACAUCCAUCGGACUGUCUCCAUCUUCGUGAACUAUGCACGCGCUUUGAUUGCCAGCCAGCGUCCGCAGAGCAAUCAUAGUGCAGAUGUACCUAUCAUUUCUGAUCAAAAUGAGGGCCCAACAUUCGAGGCGUCGAAUAACCCCAUGAUCAACGGCCCGCCUCCAUCAGGGGUGGGUCCCCUCGACGAUCUCCGCUACAGAACUGGCCCGACCAUCCAGGCCGAUAAAGAUUCAAAUAUGGUCUCAAUGCCAAGUAGUGACCCAUCUGCAGUGGCCAGAGCGCCAAUAUCUCGGCUAUCCGGCACGAUGGAAGCACCCAAUUGGACUGUAUCGAACUCUAUUGCAGAUUCUUUUGACAAGAAUGAUAGUUCUGAUAAGAGGUCCCUUGCUUCGACGGAGAAUAAUCAAAAGUCAAAUGGCGAUUACCAAAUAGUUGAACUGUCUCAAGAUGAACUACUGGUCGAGUUUCAAGAGAACUCACCAAAAAACCCUCCAAACUGGGUCUUUAAGAAAAAGUUCUACAAUGCAGUUGUGGGGCUAUUUAUUGUCCUCAAUAGCGGCAUAUCAUCCGCACUUCCUAGCAAUGCAGUCCCCGCUAUCAUGCAGGACUUCCACGAGUCUGGAGACCAACAAAAGGUCUUACCAACUGCCGUAUUUCUCAUUGGAUAUGUGGUUGGACCCCUACUAUUCAGUCCAUUGAGUGAAACUAUUGGUCGGAAACCCGUCCUCCUUUGGUCUUUCACUAUUUUUGUCCUCGCUACACUUGGUUGUGCUCUGGCACCAAAUUGGUCCUCUCUUCUCGUAUUUCGGACUAUCUGUGGUCUCAUGGGAGCUGCGCCUCAGACUGUUGUUGGGGGUAUUUAUGCAGACCUGUUUUUCGAUCUGCGAAGUCGUGGUCGUGCGAUGGCGAUGUAUAUGUCGGCUUGCAGUUUUGGUCCUAUUCUAGGCCCGAUUAUCUCUGGAUGCUCGGUCAAAUAUGGUUGGAGAUGGACUUUUAGGAUUGACCUGAUUCUGACGGGUAUUACCUGGUUAGCUCUGCUCUUCACGUCUGAAACGUUUGGACCGGCACUCUUGAAGCGACAAGCUGGCAAAUUAAGAAAGGAUUCGGGGUCCAAUCGAUACUUCUCACGUCAGGAGCUCAACCUAGACUCGAGAUUCACCCCAAUGGAGAUUAUCACUCGUCCCAUCACGAUGCUUUUCUUUGAGCCUAUUAUCACAUCAACAUCCAUCUAUAUCGCCAUCGCAUAUAGUCUGGUCUUCUUCUAUUUCCAGGCCUAUCCCAUCAUCUUUGGAGGUGUCUAUGAUUUUACCGUCGAACAAACUUCUCUCACAUACAUCCCGAUUGGCGUCGGCGCCGCAUCUUCCGGCUUCGUCGCCCUCUACUACGACAUAAUCUACGAAAAAGCCAAAAAGCUCAACAAAGUCUGGACUUCCAGCCCAGAGUACCACCGACUCCCGAUGUCCUGCAUCGCCGGGCCCUGUCUAACAAUAAGCAUGUUCUGGCUCGCCUGGACAGCAAAGUCCACCACGCAUUGGGCAGCGCCCGUGAUGUCAGGGUUUAUCUUCGGGUUUGGAUUCCAGACCAUCUUCAUUUCGCUUCUUACCUACGUGACCGACGCAUACAAAAUCUACUCUGCCAGCGCACUGGCAGCUUCCGUUAUUGUGCGGAGUAUUGCUGGAGCACUUUUCCCGCUAGCUGCUGAACCGCUCUAUAAAUCUUUCGGGGUUUCGUGGGCUACUUCCCUCCUUGGGUUUAUUAGUUUAGCUUGCAUUCCGAUUCCUUUUGCUUUGAUGCGAUGGGGUCCUUGGAUUCGGGAGAGAAGUCCCUUCUGUCAGAGGUUGAUCUUGGAGGAGAAACUCAGGUCUAGUGGGUCGAGUACACCUGCGCAAGUAUAA